AUGAGUGAAUAUCAAUUAUUCAAUCUUUUGCGAGAGUGGCGCGAAUUUGUUAAUGAAAAGUGGGAGUUAAGUGAAACAGUGAAGUCUUUGCAAGAAGAAGAGUGCGAGCGUCAUGUGCGCUAUCUGAAGGAAGUGCGUCGUCGUCAAGCUGCUGCGAAGCAGCUAGAGGAAGAGCGUCGUCGAGCUGCUGCGAAGCAGCUAGAGGAACAACGUCGUCAAGCUGCUGCGAAGCAGCUAGAGGAACAUCGACGACUGAUUAGCGAAAAACGGAAGCGUCGACGACGCUUCCAAGUACAACCACGGAGCGACUUGAAAAGGCGAUUAGCCGAGUCGAUUCGUCAGCUGAUUCCACUUACUCGCCGAAGAUCGAGGCGGCCUGCUCGAGUACAGUGGGGUAUAGAAGAAUCUCCUCCUCCAUCAACAAUAACGAUUACAGAAAAAGAACGUGUUCCAGUAGUUUUGUAUGCCGAUUUUGAGUGUCUCCUGCGAGAGCCAAUCAAAGAGCACGAUCGAGUUAUUCAAACGCAUCAGGCAUUCAGUGUUGGGUUCUACGUAAAGUAUAGUUUCGACGAUUCACUGUCCGAGUAUAAAUGCUACAGACAGACUUCUGCCGACGAUCUCAAGACCCCUUCCCAAUGGUUCAUUGAACAACUGAAAGAAAUUGCCGUGAGCAUGGAUGCUCGAUUCAGCAAUGCCAAACCGAUGAAACUUACGCAAGAAGAUUGGUUAAAGUAUAAAUUACAAGAGACGUGUCACAUAUGUGGUCGUCCAUUUUCCGUGGAUGAUCCUAAAGUACGAGAUCAUUGUCAUCUAUCCGGAGUUUUUAGAGGAGCAGCUCAUCAAAGCUGCAAUUUGAAUUACAAAAAUGCAAAGUAUAUACCAGUGGUCUUCCACAACCUGACGGGAUAUGAUUCACACCUGUUUAUCAAGGAUCUUGCUACCUCGGAGGUUAUGAAAGGACACGUGAAGCUCAUACCCUUGAACAAGCAGAAAUAUAUAUCGUUCAUCAAACACGUCGACGAUACCAAAAACAACGUACACUUUCGUUUCAUCGACUCGUUUAGAUUUAUGCCCUCUUCGCUGGACAAACUCGCUUCGUAUUUGGAUACUCACCCGAUCGUCGACAAAGAAUUUUCUGCUUAUACGAGCGAGCAGAUCAAGCUGUUGAAGAGAAAAGGUGUUUAUCCCUACGACUAUACUCGCUCUUUUGAAAGUUUGCGCGAGCAGCAAUUGCCAUCGAUCGAAAGAUUUUAUAGCAUCAUGUCCGAGCAAACGAUCUCGGAAGAAGACUAUCAACACGCUCAAGAUGUGUGGAAUUCAUUUCAUAUAAAAACGCUCGGUGAGUACUCGGAUUUGUAUCUCAAGACUGAUGUUCUCUUACUCGCAGAUGUGUUUGAAAACUUUCGCAACAUGUGCAUUGAAUCCUACGAGCUCGAUUCGGCUCAUUACUUCACCACUCCAGGAUACGCUUGGGAUGCUUGUUUAAAAUUAACAAAUGUCACUCUCGCACUUAUCACAGACAUCGACGUGCUACUCUUCAUUGAGAGAGCAAUUAGGGGUGGUAUUUCUCAGUGCUCAAACAGGUACGCCGAGGCCAACCACAAGUACAUGAGCUCCUACGAUGCAAGCAAGGAGGAAAAGUAUCUCAUGUACUACGACGUCAACAAUCUAUACGGAUAUGCAAUGAUGCAGUCUCUACCUUACGGUGGUUUUCAAUGGGUCGAGAGCAGCACUAUCGAAAAAAAUCCAAAAUUUUGGGAUGUAUCCCCAGAGUCGGAGAAGGGCUAUUUUCUCGAAGUAGACUUGGAGUAUCCGAGGACACUUCACGACGAUCAUAAAGAUCUACCCUUUUGCGCUGAAAAGAUGGUUCCACCUGGCUCUAAGACGUCAAAAUUGUUGACAACGCUGUACAAUAAACAAAGGUACGUAUUACACUAUCUCACUUUGAAGCAAGUUACUGAGCAGGGGUUGAGGGUUACCAAGAUUCAUCGAGCCUUGGAAUUUUUGCAAAAACCCUGGAUGAAACCGUACAUCGACUUUAAUAGCGCCAAGAGGCAAGCAGCCACGAAUUCCUUCGAGAUAAUGUACUGGAAGCUUAUGAAUAACAGCGCAUACGGAAAAACUAUGGAAAGUGAGCGUAAAAGGGUUUCAGUCAAGCUCGUCAAUCAUUGGGAUGGUAGAUUCGGCGCUGAAGCAUACAUUUCAAGACCCGACUUUAAAAAUUGUACAAUUUUCGACGAAGACUUGGUAGCUAUUCAAUUGAAUCACACCAACAUAACGAUAAGAAAACCCAUUUACGUAGGCGCUGCAGUCUUGGAAAUAUCCAAAGUACACAUGUACCGUUUUCAUUAUGAGUACAUGAAACCAUUACUGAAGGACAAGUGUAAAUUGAUGUACAUGGAUACUGACAGUUUUAUCUAUGAAAUCAGGCAAACGAACAUUUACGAGCUGAUGAGAAAAAAUCUCACGAGUAAAGAUGAAAAACCAGAGUUUGAUACGUUUUGUUACAAAGCUGAUAAUCCAUACAACAUUCCUCGUUUGAACAAUAAAGUUCCUGGCUUGGUAAAAGACGAAUGUAACGGUCAAAUCAUGACUCAUUUCAUCGGUUUGCGUAGUAAAAUGUACGCAGCCAAGAUUGAAAAUCACGAGCCCAUUCAAAAGUCCAAGGGAGUCAAGACAAGGGUGGUAAAAAAUAAUAUUACAUUCGAUGAUUACUACAGAUGCCUAUUCGAUAAAGAGAUUACGAUUCGCGAGCAAAUAGUUAUAAGAUCUCGGAAUCACAACAUCUUUACGGAAAAAGAGAGAAAAGUAGCUCUCAGUCCGAACGAUGACAAACGCUAUCUCAUCCCCAAUAGCACAGACACCCUGCCAUGGGGUUAUCACAGCAUAGAUAGCCUCGACGACGACGAGCCUCAGCCAAAAAUAUCGAGAUUAUCGAAAGAUUAA